AGCUCAAGCUCGGAUGAAGAAGCCCUCGUCUGCAUGGAGCGCAGAGUUGAGAAGUCCAACCGUGAGGAUAGGUGGACUAUGUCAGAAGAUGACACUCUCUGCCUAAUGGCCAAAGAUGAUGCUGAUCAAGAGGUAACCUCACAAACCUCCUGCUCAUCUUCUUAUAGCAUACCAACUUCUGAAAAUCUUUUUGACCAGUUCAAAAAGAUGAUGAAAGACUUUGAGGAGAUAAAUCUCAAACACUCAUCCUUAACAGAAGAGAACAAACUAUUGAGUGAAGAGAAUCUCAAGUUGACUGAAAGUCGGAAAAGUCAACUGAAUGAGAUCACUCAACUCAAGACUGAAAAUGAAUCUCUCUCUGAAAAGGUGAAAUCCCUUAACAAAGAGCUAGGGAUACUCAAGUCCAGAGAAGCGGUGAACAAGCUGCUUGAAACGACCAAACAUAAGGGUCGCAAAGGACUUGGGUUUGACCCCUCUAGUUCCAAAAGGAAAGGGAAGACAACUUUCAUCCCUCCUAAACCUACUUCCAAACCUAAUAAGAAAAAAGGGAAGGAAAAGCAGAAACCAACAGAAGUUCCCAAAAAGGCAGUCCCUCCUAAGAACUAUAGGAAGCUGGACAGACCUCAAAAAGGAAACAAUUUCAGAAGAAAACCUUCUAACCCCCAAUAUACACGAGGCUAUACUCAUUAUGGGGUAGACAGGAGUUUUCCGAGAAAUUCUGAGUGGAGAACUAUGCCAAGAUAUAGUCAUCCUCCACCCCAGAAACUAUUUGUGCCACCUAAGUAUGCGUAUAACCAACACAGGUCACACUAUGCACAACCUAGACAAAACUAUAGGUCUUAUCAACCUAGGUUUGCUAGGAGGAAACAGGAAAUUGAACCUCCUGCACGUAGGAAGUUUUAUGCCUACAACUAUGAUUACAAUCCCAACAAGUUUAGAGCUGCAAGGAAAAUUCCCUGCAACUUUAAACUUGAUGUAGGGACACACACCAUUAACCAUUCCGGACCCAAACUGAAAUGGGUACCAAAAUCUUCCUCCUCCUAAUGCAGGAAGCCGCUAAGUACCCAGGAAGGAAAUAAUCGAUUUUCGGCCACUGUUCAUCAUCUUCUUCCUCUGUUCAAUUUUUAACAUUAUCAUUUUUAAUUACCAAACUUCAAUUAAAUUAUAUAGGAAUGUUCCCCAAUGUUCACAGAUCAUUUUAGAGUCAUUAAUUUGUAGUUUUAACAACAAUUUCUUGGUUUAUGAUUCUUGGUUCUUCAAACAUGUCAAACAUAAAACUCAACCAAACGACCGUUUAUGAACGUAAAAACGAUCUAUACGAACAUUCUAAUCACUAGAUAUAUCUACGGGCUUACCUCGAAGGUAAAUGAAGGUUUUGAAUAUUUUCCGGUGAAACUUCCGGCGAACACCACGUCUUGUUCCGGCGACCUCUCACCAAAUUGACAGCACCACUGCGUUCUCCACACUCAAGGCUAUCUCUCAGAAUGAAUUUGAUGAAGAAUUGUGAAGAAAUGGUGAAGUUGGGU